GCUAAGUACUGAAUAAACGUUGAUAAUGCUUUAAAACCAACUAGUAAUUUAAACCGAAAUCAAGUAAUAAUUCAAGCUAAUGCUUCGUAAAGUAUUUUGUUAUAGCGUUAAGUACAACUGUACAGUUUAUUAAUUCAUUAUUAAUUAUUUUGAUUAAAUUAAGUGUUUCAUUUGAUUUUAUAAAAAUGAGUAAGACUAUAGUAUAUGAUACACUUAUAAUACCUGAUCCAGAAUUUAAAGAUGAAAAUGUUAAAAUGUUUGGAUCAUGGUUUGGUAUGAACAAUAUUUGUGUAUUUCCAACAAAAACAAAAAUACUCCAUGAAACACCUAGUAACAAAACUUGUAACUGGAAUAUUAUACAUUUAAAACAUAAAACAAUGCUUUUUGAUCCAAAAAUGAGACAGUUGGUGAAUGAGUCAAGCGGAGUGUUUCAAGAGCUUCAAACAAAUGUGGAUGACCCAAAUAAAUCAACCGAUGCCUUAUAUUAUAGUAGAAAAUAUAGAGCAAUCAUAUCAACUUGUAUAAUGAAUAUAGAAAAGAGUAACAUAGAGAAAACAAAUGAUAUGUACAACCAGUAUAAACUGUUGUUGCAUAAUUUGGAACUUAUUUGGCAUUUGUGUGAAGUUCUUUACCUAGUUGUUGUUCCAGGUGAUACGAUCCUGAAUAAUCUACUAGAUUGGAUAAAAAUUCAUUAUGAAAAAUCAGAAAACCAAGCUUUAACUAUUAUUGAAGACAAAACGGCAUAUUUCACUGAUGAACGUGUUGAGGAUAAAUUUCCAUAUUAUUGGGAGACAGUUAUUGGCUUAAUAUUACAAGGAAAUAUUGACUUAGUCAGAAUGUUAUUAUGCAAUCAUUCCCAAAGUAAUACAGAACCAUUUAUUCAUGCUAUGAAAAUACUCAAGUCUAUGCCUACUUAUAGUGUAUAUGGUGGGCUUCCAAUUGCAGAAUAUACAUCAAGAUUUAAGGGAUGGCAAUUUAGUGCCAAAAAUAAACUAGACUCUGGAAUGUUUCUAAUAGAUUCCAACCUCAAUAAUAUUAUGAAAAUUGUUUGUGGAGAUCCUGAUUGUAUUAAUUUAAUCCAUAAAAGUUGUUCAACUUGGUUUGAAUUUUUUGUUGCUCAACUGAUUUACACUGAACCAACUGUAAAAAAGCAUAACCUAAGCUUAUAUGCUCAUCGUAGUAUUGCAAAAUAUUAUGAUAAACCUGAAUAUAAUCUUAUGGAUUCUCUUACUUUAAACUUAUUUGAUGGUGAUUUAGAGGCAUUUGUGAAGAAACUUAAAGCUUAUCCUGAUUCAGGAUGGUCAUCCACACAUUUAACUAACUUGUUACAUUUAUGCGACAAAAUUGAACCUGAUUUUGAUGUACCUGAACACAAAAAUAAUAUCAGCCCAAACGAACAAUAUCUGCUUGAUUAUGGUACAUUUUUAAUGUCCCAUCAUUCUUUAUGGCAAUCAGGUAUAACAUACUUAGAUAAUUGUUCAUCUAUUGGAAAAGAAUAUAUUUCAACUUUGCUAUUAAAACUAGAAAUAUUAUCUGAUUUAAGAGUCUCAAAAAUAUUACACUAUGCUACUGCUAGACGAUUAUAUAAUGUUGUGUCAAGUAUAUGUAAGGUAAAAGGAAUGUUGAGCCUACAAAAAUCUAGAAUAGGGGAAGCUCUAUGUUGGGCUAUAAGAGGUCAAGAUAGUGCAUUUGCUACUCAUAUUGCAAAUAUAUUUUUAAAUGAAUACUCAAAGGGAGGUCAAUUUAGUUGUCCUGAUAUUCUAGAAAAUCUUGGUUCUAUUGUCCUUACUUGUGAUCGUUUUAUGUUCCUUGGUAAAUACUUGCAGUUUAUCAAAUUUAUAAAAAACAAUUCAUUAAUUGAAGCAGCGUUAUUAUAUAUAGAACUAUUGAAGUCAAAUAUAUGUCCAAAAUAUUUCAGGCUUAGGUUGCUUCUUGAUGUUCUUCUAUUUAUUGAUGAUAACAAUGAAUGUUAUUUUAAUACACUGGAUAUGUCUUUAAUUACAAUGCGUUUAGAUGAUGCUAUUAUGGAAGCAGAAGAUGAUCCUAAGUCUGCUGAUCAAUACUUAUUAGACCAAAUACCAAAUAUCAGGAGUGCUAUAGUAAAAUUAGUAUCAAUUAGUUUGAAAAAAUAAUGUUCACAAAUAGAAUUUUACUUAAAAAUCUACAAAUAAAAUUUAGUAUUAAAUUUAAUAAAAUAAUUUUAUAAUUUACAAUGACUGAUGAAUAGGUAUGUUUAAAAAUAAAAUGUUAUUUUUAUAACAGAAAAUAAAUGUUUAUAUUAUAUGUA